AAGUACACACGCGCACGAAAACCCAAAGCAGACGACACACUUGCUCAGUGCCUCUUAACUCUCUACCAUAAAUAGCUCUUUGCUCUCUACUCAUAUCUUUGGUAUGUUUUAGUUAGUGAAACAAGGUCCUUUCUCUUUGGUGGUACUGACAGUACAGCAUUUGCUGAUUUGCCGGCAGUUUUAAUGACUACAGUUCCUGUUUACACUUGGUAUUUUUGAGUUGAACUUCAUCAUGUUCAAGAUGAUGGAAAUAACACCAGAAGAGGUGAAGGAGCUAUCUUGGGUGCAAUGUGAAGACGAAGCUUGUCUGAAAUGGAGACGGAUUGACCGGGAAGAGGUGACCAGCCUUGAGAACAAAUCCUGGUUCUGCCAUAUGAACAGUGACCCAAAACACAACAGAUGUGAGGACCCAGAGGAAGAUCACAGGCGAACGAUUCAGACAGCCAACAAAUGUGGCUACCGUUACAUCUUUAGUCAACUACCCAAAGGCUCCCUAGUCUGGGCUAAGAUGACAGGUCAUGUCAGAUGGCCAGCAAUCUUAUCGGAAGACCCGGCUACUGGAGACUAUUCCGUUAUCAAUAAUGAGACUGGGACGCCUACCGAGUAUCACGUUGAGUUCCUUGGACAACCUCAACACUCCCACUGCUGGGUGCCAAGCGGAAAUGUUGAUGUCUACGGGUCCUCAUGCUCUUACCCCAAGCCACAAAGGAGUACCAAACGAGGCAAGAAGUCCGUAGCCAUGUCUGCAUACAUUUUGAAGAAGAGUGAGCAAUACAUCAAGAACUUACAUGCAUCUAUGGAUGAAGCUGAGCUCAUUAAGUCUCUUAGUAAUGAAGAGAGGUGGAUAAAAUGUGUCUUUCGUUAUAAACCAAAGACGGAGGCAGCUGAACAUCUCAACAAGCCAACAGAGGAACAGAAAGAAAAACGGCCAACUCAACAAAAUGAUGUGGUUAACCCAGCAGUGAAGAAAAAGCGAGGAAGACCGCCGUCCAAACCUAAGGAAAUCAGAGAAUCCAAAACAACAGGCAAAUCUACACAUACAAAGAGACCGAAGACGGUAUCUUUCCCUCAGCAUCCAGAGUUUCUGCAUAAAGCAUCUCAUGAACCUUCACUGACAUCUUCAGAUGAUGACUCCACUCCUCAAUUAGUACCUGAGCUUAUCACCACUAAAGAGGAGCGCCUUCAAGCUGAUAUCAAGCUUCUAAGAAAGGCAGAGGAGAAGUUUGAACAACGGCUGCACAGAUUUUCACAACGUCAUGGGAUACCAGUGAAAAACAGUAGGCCCAAUUGGCAAGGGCGCCAGGUCAGUCCCUACCAGGUCUAUAUGGCAGUGCAGGAGCGAGGUGGCUACAAUAUGGUUUGUGCCAACCGUGCCUGGGCUCAGGUCUACAAAGAUGCCUGUGGAACAAGCUUGGGACCUCAUGCAUCAGUCAGUAGCGCAGUCAAAACAUACUAUAUCAGAUACCUCCUUCCUUAUGAACUGCAUGAACUACGCUCAGUUGAUGUCGAUAAAACAUUGAGAUCAUCUGAGACGGACCACAGAAAGCACGCCAAGAAACACCAUAAGACUAAGAGUAAGAAACACACAAAGUAUCCGAAGCAAGUCGCACAAAUGUCUAAACAAGCCCCGUCAGUCACCACUAACCAGAAGUGCCUAUCCAAUCGACCAAUCACCAUGUCCUGUCAGCAUAACAGACCAAUAGUAGGGCUUGAGCGGACGUGUCAGCCUGUGAUUGGACAAGCAGCUGUGACCUAUCAACCAGUUGGUGGUCUUUAUCAGCCAAUGACAACCAAGAGUCAACAUUGGUAUCCAAUAGCAGAUGAGGAGAAAUCUGAAAGGGCUCACAUUGGUUCUCAGGGACAACCAUGCUUAGCACCAACACCACAUGGCUUCCAAAAAGAUGCAGAUGGUUCAUCAGGAGGGUUUAUUGACGUAGAUUAUUUACAGGAAGAGUCCAAUCAAGCCUUGAUAGAGCUGAAGGUUAUGGAGGAGAUGCUGAGUAGUCUGGAUAAUCAGGACGGCAAAAACAGUACCUCAGCUGGCCAUGUGAAGACCUCUACUGGACUAGAUCAACCUACUCAUUACGACACGCAGGCUUAUCCCAGUCCACUGUCAAGCAGUAAGCCAGUUUGUCUAGAGUUCUAUUCCAAUCCAUAUGACGAGGAGUUUAUGCUGAUCAAUCAAUCCACUAGCAGGGGGCCACCGAUCGACAGUUCCCGCCAAGUUCCAGAAAUUUCUCAUUUUAACAACACGGAGAGUACCAAUGCUACCAGUAACUGCCACAGGAAACAGAUUGCCCAUGGGGGAGAACAGUCUCUCCUGCCUCAACAAGAUGCCGCCUAUAGUAACAUCCUUCUUGACUUGGAUGCAGUUGGACACGAGAUUGACCGCUUAAACGAGGAGCUUCAUGAAGACUUUCUGGAUAUCUGAAGAUGAACUUUUGUGAUAUAGCAACGUUUUGGGCAUCAGUUCUGCAAAACAAUCCUUAAAGGCACUGGACACUAAUUACUC